AUGGACUUGCAGCAUUUUCUGAUUUUAGUGUUUUUGUUGAACGUUGCAGUUGCUAAAAAGCGAUAUCAAACUGUAACGUGUGAAACUAGAGGUAAUGACAUUACAACUGCUGUGUUUCGAGCUAUAUGUCCGAGUGGUUGCGCCAACUACAGCAUAUAUUCAUUAUGGGGAACCAAACGGUACACCGGCGACUCAAGAAUAUGCUCGGCCGCAAUUCACUAUGGUAAAAUAACAGGGCCUCAACGUUGCUUGCAACAAGACAUCGUGACGUCAGCACCCGUGUAUAAGACAAGGUGCCCAAGAGGUUGCGAAUAUCGCAUGAAUGAAGUUUUGGGAACGCCUACUCAGUACAGCAGUCGAUCUAGUGUAUGUUCUGCUGCAAUACAUGCUGGGGAAAUUAAUGAAGUAAAUCGUAUUCAGUGUUCGAAAGAUGCGGUUGGAAUUAACGGUAGUUUCAUGUUCUUCUGUCCGCCUGGUUGCCACAGAGAAAACUACCGGGUUAUUGGGGACGGAAUUUACACAGAAGAUACCAAUAUUUGUGCAGCAGCAAUUCACGAUGGGCAAAUACCAAGAGACAGUUCAUUUACUUUUGAAAUACCUUGCGGGAUGACAGCAGAAAAUUUCAAGUUAAACGACCGAUUUACAAUCGUGUGCCCGUUGAAACGAGACUGUUGGACAGAAAGAGACAAACGAGCUGUUUAUGGCAAAUACGUAUUUUCUGAACGAUCUAGCUUGUGUAGAGCAGCAAUGCAUGACCGCGUUGUACCAUAUAUUUAUACUGGAGGGGUCGCCCACAUUCGUAUAGUAAAAGGCCUGCCUUCAUACAUGGGUAUUUACUACGCUCAAAUUGAAUCCGAAUCGAGCGGACCAACUGAAAAAGCUUUCAUAUUUGAAAACGGCAGAGACAGAUUUGCGCAAAAAGAAUCGUGUCUUUUGCGAGGUAGCGAUUUCAAUGAAACACGGUUCACAGUUGCGUGUUAUUCACAAUGUGACCAAGCUACAGAUGCUGUUUGGGGUUACCUGAAUUACACGGAUUCGUCUUACAUUUGCAGCGCUGCUAUAUUAAGUGGAAAAUUGAUGUAUUUUCAGUAUGAAAAUGUCCACGUUGAAAUCUUACCUGGUCAGCAACAUUACCGUUCAUAUUUUAUAUACGGUGGGGUGAGCAUGGAGCAUGGACCAUGGCACAGAUCUUUUCGAUUUGUAGAUGAAUGACAAUUGAGAUGUCUUAUACCUUUGAAACUCUCUCUUGAUCAUGUUUUGUCUAAAUUCAUGUUUUGUUUUUCAUGCUUAAUUGUGUAAAAAAUGACAAAGCAUUGGGUGAAAUUUGGACGAAACAUGGUAAAAAACUGGAUCAAAACAAAAAGGUUUAACAGAAAAAAAUGCUAGUAUGUAUGCCUACAACGUUAAUACUCUAACGAUCAACCUAAUCUUUGAUUAGUAAGUAUUAAGAAACACGUAUUUACUACAUUCCGUGGGAGAAAUGCUUCUACAUUUUGUGCUAGCAUUUUUAAUUAAAAUUACCUGUAAAACUACAGUGUACUAAACCACAAUCAGUUUUUGUGUAGUAUGUAUAUACUUGUUUUUAAAUGCAUGUAUUCUAAACGAUGGUUUAAGAUUAGGAGAUAUGGCGUACCGUUUUUAUUUGCAGUUGCAACUUUUACAUUGUAUGACGUAGAACCAACCAACGAUUUGUUUGCUUCGUGUAAAAACGACGUCAUGUGUUUUCGCAGUUUUGGUACCUGGAAAACAGUUACACGAAAAAUGAUUUGCAUAUUCGGAAAUUGGCAAUAAAUACUAAAAG